AUGACGCAAAUCAUUGGUAGUCGUAGUCUUCGUCGUAAACGAAGUAAUGCUAAAACAACAACAUCAAAAAAUAAAAAAAUAAAAACAAUAUCAUCAACUCCAUUAAUUAUGGAUGAUGCAGAUAAAAGUGGUUUAAUUGUUUAUAUUGAUUAUGGUCUUGAAGGAAAUUCUUUUCUUCGUGAUAUUGAUGUACUUCAUCAUCCAUCCGCAACUAUUUUAGCUGAAUUAUUAAAUGAUCAACAGGCAAAUUAUUUUUCAAAUUUAGAUCAAAAUAAUCCAAAUGAUUUAGAACAAAGAUUAUCUACUUAUACAAAAACAUUAGUAAAAAGAUUAAAAUAUGAAGCUUGGUGUUUAGGUUAUCAUUUUAUUGAAAAAUGUUUCACUAGUGAAAAGAAACGUAUAUUUAAAAUUGUACCACCAAAUGAAAUUUAUCUUGAUCAUGAUCAUCAAUGUGCUAUUGAUCUUCAACCAUUCUUACCACCUGAUGAACCAGAAUUAACAAAAUUAUAUGAAAAAUUUGGUGCUUUGUGGUUAUCAAAAUGUGUAAAAAGAACAUUAGUACAUAAAGGAAACAUUGCUGUAUCAGAUCGAGGUAAUAAAUUACGUGAUUUAAUUCAAUAUCGUCUUGAUAUGUUAUUUGUUAAUAAUCGAUCAAACAAUAGUAGUUCAUGUGCACUUGAAUAUGAUAAAAACAAAGUUGUAUUAUAUGUUCAAAAACAUAUACGUGCAUUUGAUUAUAUUGAUAUUGCAAGUGAAUUAGCUAGAUUUGUAUUUAAAAAACCAUUUGAUACAGUUGCUCAUACAAUAGGUGAUAAACUUGCAUCACCAUUACAAACACUUAAACGUCGUGGUAUACCUAUUGAUCGUUUACUUCGACACAAAAAACAAUAUAUACAUUCAACUAUUCAAAUGAUUGAGCAAAAACCUAUAUUAAAUCAUAAUAAUAAUCAUUAUUAUCAUGAAACUGAUGUUAAAAUAAAUGGUCAUGUAAAAGAUUUUAGUCGUCAACAAAUAAAAAAUGAUACUAAAUUAUUUUCAAUGUUAAACAUAGGUCGAGCAUAUACACAAACAAAAUUUAUUCAACAAGAAUAUGUUAACAAUGAAAUUGCUCAUUCAUGUGAAAUUGUACCAUCAGUUAAUAUGACACGUUAUAAAGAUUUAUUUUAUUCAAUACCAUUAUAUAUUGAAUUAAAUGUUCUUAUUACAAAUAAAAUGCUUGAUCAAGCUACGCAAUUAGCUUGGAUUUUAAGAGGACUUGCCAGUCAUGUAUUUAAAAUAUCUAUUGAAACAUUACGUCUUUAUCGAGAUAUUGAUGGAGCUCGUAUUGCAUUUAAUAAUUGUCAUGUAUUAUUUUUUAAUCUUCGUUAUUAUGAACAAGUUUUUGCUGAUGAAGUUCAACCAUAUUUACAAGCAACAUCAUCAUCUAUACCAAUAAUACAUCGAAUUGUUAAUUUUUAUUUUAUAUUGACAUGUCAUGAACUUGCACAUAAUUUUGAAGCAGUACAUAAUUCUAAGUUUAUUCAUCAUUUGGAAACAAUUGCAGUUAAAUUUAUGCCAGAAAAAGAUUUAUUCUUACAGAAAUUUUCAUUUCAAAAUUAUUUACAACAUAAUUUUGUUUGA